AUGGUUGACGCGUUCACGCUAUUAGACCAAUCAGGGGAACCCCCUAGUUCGGCUACGCUCAGAUUGAUUUGUGAGGUGUCAAAUUUAGUUGCGACGCUGUGCCCGUUAGCAUAUACGAUGGCGGAGGAAAGCGAGAGAAGUGAGGAAAAUGUGGUAUCUGAAGAAGAACUUGUGGUAAAAAGGAACAGCACUUCGGCUAUAUGGAAUUAUUUCGGAUUUAGGAGAGAUGACGCGUUACAAACACAGGUACUGUGUAAAACAUGCAGAACAGUGGUGGCAACUUCACGAGGAAACACAACCAACCUCCAUCACCACCUGCAAUACAAUCAUAAAGAGCUUCACGAACAAUUCAAAACAAGCCAAACAACAAAACCAAAAACAUCGAGUAGCAAAUCUAAAACUUUGCCAUCACUACAACAACAGUCAAUUUCUCAGAGUUUUGCGAGUGUGACUCCUUAUGAAACAACAUCCAAACGCCACAAAGAAAUCACGGAGGCCAUAACUCGUUAUUUGGCAAAAGACAUGAUGCCUAUAAACACAGUGACUAAACCCGGUUUUGUGAGCCUGAUAACCAAAUUGGACCGAAGAUACCAGAUUCCAUCACGGACUUAUUUUUCGCAAGUCGCCAUACCAAAAAUGUAUGACGUAUUCAGGGAGAACGUGAAAUCGGAACUGAGUAAAGUUGAAAACUACGCUUGUACCACAGAUCUUUGGUCCAGUCGAACGACAGAGCCCUAUAUCAGCCUCACUGUGCACUUUCUGGAUCAAGACUUUGAACUGAAAACGCGAUGUCUAGAGACAGCCUACUUCCCCGGACAACACAACGCAGAAAACAUUGCGAGUGGACUAAGUGAUGCUUUGGCCAGCUGGCAAUUGCGGGAAGAUCAGCUGGUUUGCAUCACCACCGACAACGGGGCAAACGUUGUGAAAGCCACAGAACUCAACCACUGGGUCAGACUUCAGUGCUUUGGCCAUAGGCUGCAUCUUGCCAUUGGAAAUGCUGUUAAGGAUGACAGCCGCAUUGACCGUGCUGCUGGGCUGUGCAAAAAAUUGGUGGGACAUUUUUCCCACAGCUGGAAGCAGAAGAUGGCACUGAAAAAAGCACAACAGGAGCACAACCUCCCUGAGCACUCACUCAUUACAGAAUGUCCAACUAGGUGGGGCUCGAGGCAAAAGAUGAUUGAGAGGGUCUUGGAGCAGCGGCGGGCCAUUACUGAUGUCCUAUCGGCAGACCGGAAAACAAGGCAUCUGGUUCCCUCCUGGCAGGACCUGGACGUACUAGAGUCUGUAAACCUGGCAUUACGCCCUUUGCAGGAAUUUACUGAUGCUCUUUCCGGGGAAGUCUAUGUCAGUGUUUCAUAUGUAAAACCCGUCCUUCAUCUUUUAAAGACAUCAGUUCUUGUAGAAAAGGAAGAUGACACAGAUUUGACAAAGUCCAUAAAAGUGAAAAUCCUGGAUUACAUGAAUACCAAGUAUGAUGACCCAGAAACACAAGAACUUCUGGACAUCGCAUCCUUCAUGGACCCCAGGUUCAAGGUCACCUACAUCAGCAGGGAAAAAGUUGAGGACAUCAAGAGCAGGAUCAUGUUGGAAAUGAAAGACUCAGCACAGAAGGAGGGUACACCAUCUGAGAACACAGAUGCCCAGACCAUGGAGCCACCCAGCGAAAAAAAGACAAAGCGAUCAUUGGGAAGUUUGCUCAAAACAAAUCCAAGCACUCCAACAGCAUCUUUAAUGGAUCUGGAGCAAGCUGUUGAAGCUGAACUUAACAGCUACUUGUUCUCCCCCAUCAUUCACAGUGAAGCAGACCCUUUGGCCUGGUGGAAACUCCACCAGGUCACCUACCCUAAGCUGACCAAACUUGCCCGGAAGUAUCUUUGUAUACCUGCGACUAGUUCUCCCUCAGAGAGGCUGUUCAGCACUUCAGGGAAUGUGGUAACAUGUCAACGUACAUGUUUGAAACCUAGCAAAGUUAACAUGCUGGUUUUCUUGGCCAAGAACUUGCCCUAA